AUGGCGUUGAGGACGGAUGCCACCAAGGCGGCGGACCAAAAGUCGCCUCCACUCUCGCUGUUGUUGCCUUGCUACGGCACUGCGGUGAAUGGCAACGCUGGCGCACUAGUCACGGCGGACCAGUGGCUGUGGUACUUCUACCUCACAGCCUGGACGCGCCCGUUCUUUCACUGUACGCCCCCGUUGUGCGUUGCGCCGUCGGGUAGUGGCGGCAACAGCCGCGAGAAGAAUGAAGCUUUUACUCUUUCAUUUGAGGAAUCUUUGGAGUUGAUGGGCCUUUCCGCGGUGGUGGUUCACGAUGUGCAGUGGCGGCAGCGCGGCGCUGAGACGGAGGAGGUUGAAACACAUGUGAAGGCGGCGGUGGCGGAGGGAGCGAGCAACUGUGCAUAUCCCCCACUUCCUUGUGUGGCAGAGUCGUGCUUUGGCCGCGUUCUGCGAGAACUGGCUGUUCGCAGCCAUCUUUCUGUUGUAGGUUCGUCGUCUUGUACCUCCUCUCUGGAUGAGAUGGUACGGGAAGUGGUGGCGAUUGUGCAGCAACAGCAACACCGAAAACAAUGGUGUGUCAAGGGAAAGGCGCCAGAGAGGCUGAUGCAGAACGCCCUGGAAGCGAUGCUGUCGUCAGAUGUUUCAGAGGCACAUUAUUCUCUCUUGUUCGACGUGGAGGGUGUAACAUCCACAGACGAUGACGCGAACAUUGCUGAGACACAUCGCGCGUGUCUCUUCGCCGCGCUAGCGGUGGAAGUCUUUGGCCGUGUCAAGAUGGCGUGUGCCCGCAUGUUGCUGGCGUACGUAAAUCAGAGUUCUGGCAGGACUGCCGCGGCCCGCGCGUGCGGUGUCAUCAUGGGUGUUCUAGAGUACUCCACUGCGUACAGUCGGUUUAGGGAAGAUGGUACAGGGCGCUGCCCGUUGGCAUCUGCUGCGCUUCUGUUGCACAGUCUCGUCGAGCUGCAAGAGGCCUUGGUGCGUGAGAAGAAGGGGGCGGUGUCUAAUUUUCUCCUCGCUACGGCUAUAGUUACCUGUGUACAGGAGCUUAUCUUUGCUAUUGUCGCUGGGGGUGCGACGGCGGCCCAUGCCCCUCUUCCUAUUGCAACGUCUGGUUCACUGAAGCCGAAAAGCGGUAGUGGUGAGCGGCAACAACAACAGCAGGAAUUGGAAAUGUCUGCUCGUCCUGUUGCCGCACGUGCAAUAACCCUUCAUGAGAUAGACGCGCUUAUUCAACACUUCGUGCCCACGCUGCUGCAGCAGGUUGGGUUUGAGUGGCCUUGGUCGGAGUGUUUGCGUAGGGCCACACAGCUUGACAAGGUGCAGCAAGAGAAUGCGGUGACGACUGAUGGGGUGCGAAUAAGCAGUCGUGCCGUAUUUGGAGAGCUUUUGGUAGCCCUCAGUCGCCGCACAUACAUGGCACGUCUCCGGUGUGUUAUUCCACAGAGUCUCGACACGCUCAUCGAUGCCGCCUUCCCUACGAAGCGACAUAACGGCAAUGGCAACGGCGCGCAGAGUGAUAAUGGUGGUGGUAGUGGAGGUCGCAAGCCUUUUUUUGUCAUGCCUGCGUACUACCAAGCAGCAGGGGAAGCAUUACUUGACUUCUUUGAGCGGUCCGGCCUCGGUGGAGCCACCUCUCAGGAAACGGAGCGAGUCCUGCAGCGCAGUACCGACGUGCAGCCGAUGAUUAUUCAGCUUCAGGCGCUUGGUAGUCGCUCGAAUAACAACAACGACGAUGACGACGAAGGGAACAAUGAUCGGGAGUAUGGCGAUGGUGAUACCCGUGAACUACUUCGCACAGUGCGUAUGUCUGAAGAAGAGAAGAACCGACUACUGCUACGCUACCGCUGCGAAGUCCUUCUGGCAUCUCUUGUUGUGUACACGCAACUUCAGACGGUAAGCGUCGUGCAGCAACUCACACGACAGUUAGGGCCUCUCUUUGAGAAACUACUGCUCCCUUUUCUUCAUGAGCCUAUGCUGAGUCGACCCGUCGUUGUGACACGUGGCGGACAUCAUGCGGACGGGGACAGGGUUGCUGGCGAGCCCGUGAUAGACUUCACAGCGGAGUUCAAGGUGCUGAUGGACGAUAUCCAUUAUGAAUUCUACCCGCUGGAGUGGGUGCCGCAGGUGCUGAACGCGUACCUGCGGCGGCACGUCACAGAGGAAGACGUCUCGCCCCCUUUGUUUUACUCCGUAUUUGCCGCCGUGGCGUACCAGUUCGGCCUCGUGCUGCAGGGGAGUCCACAGGGGCUGCGCGGCGGCGAUGGCACCGAACACGACGUCCGCGUAAAGGCGUACCGCUUCUUCACAACACUACUGCUGAACAGCCUCGCCGACACGGUCGCGUCGUCCUGUGACCUGGAGGGCGCCAUGGCAUUGGCGGCAACGCGGCGAGUGGGGGGGCACCGACCUGAUGAAAGUGUUGCCGAGCGGGCGCAGCUGCGGCAACGCGGUGCGGCGUCCUUCCAUGCUGUUGUCAACCCACACGACGCGGUUCUCGCCGUGGCGCAGUGCCUUAUGCCGCCCGAACUUGUGUCGCGUCCGGAGGCGGAUGCGGUCAGCCGCACGAGUGAGUUGUGGCGACGCCGAGUUGUGGAGUGGGCGCAGUCGACAAUGGUCCGAUGGGCAGCUCAGCGGACAGCUGUAACCGCGUCCCUCGUCUCGCAGCGCAACAGCCUCACGUUCGAUGUCGUUCCCCUCGCUCGGGAGGUGAUCCGCGGUGUGCGGCGGCGUCUGUUGGAGAAAAUGCACGUGACGGCGGGCCUCGAAGAGGGUGCAUCUGUGGACCCGUUGCUGCAGCAGCACCUUCUCAGCCUCCAGUCCCUCCUCGGGGAUGUUGGGCUGUUACCACAGCAUUUGCCCCAGAACGAUGCGGUGUGCUCGGCGGCGCAGCUGUUGUGGUCGUCGCCGCUCUUCUCACGCGAGCUGCGCCUUGGUGGCCGCUACAACGUGGACACAUAA